GCAGCUGCAAAGUGCAAACCCAACAUGAAGCCGUGUCCGUACAGCUCACUAGCGAUCGCCGAGGAUGCGGCGAUUCUCGCAGCCGACGACAACUGCCCACCGACGGCGCCUGUGUGCUUGCUCAACAAGCAGUGCGUCCUGCGCAACUACGACUACUACGCUCUGGUGGGAACUCUGUCGACAGAUCAGACGGAUUCGAGUGCGACCCACACGGCCAACUACUCGUUCGCUGCUGUCGGCAAUGUCACCAACUACGCCAACGCGACGCUCGGGUUUGAUUGCGGCGGCGGGUACCUCGACCUCUCCCAGCUCCUGUUGCCAAACACGCUCAACAGCACGCGGGCGAGUCGCCCUACCAUGUAA